AUGGCCGAAGUGGCCGGCACUAUCGUUGGUGUGAUCUCACUCUCAAUACAAUUAUUCGAUCAAUUCUCCAAAUACACAAAUAGCGUCAAAGACGCAAGAAAGAGGGCUGAGCAGAUAACUCGCGAACUGGAUACGCUAGUGAACCAUCUCGAGAAUUUGGAAACAAUCAUCAGCAAGCUGGUCAACACUACGGCUAUCGCAUUAACCAAGACCAGUAUCCAUGAAUGCGCACGCGCCAUCGAAACGAUUCGGGCAAGGCUUGGAGAUGCGAUCCCGGAAACGAGCUCCGGACGGUUCUGGUCCCGUUCCAGGAAUGCUAUCAAGCGACUGGCGUACCCCUUCAAGGAAGGCGAGAUCAAGUACUGGAAAGAUGUCUUGACUAGUAUUCAGCAGAGUCUACAGAUUGCGUUGCUUACAUCGAUGACUGAUCAGCAGCAGCAAUACUUCACGACUCUGCAGACACAGCUUAGUCAACUCUCGUUCGACACGGAUUCCGGUAUUCAGAUGAUUAUCGAUCAGCAGAGAUACGCACAAAGUUCAGCCAAUCGCUGUUUCAUGUACGAGAACCGGUCGCCGAAUCCCAGCCAUCUCAUGAGUAAGGGACUGUACAGUUCUACACAAACCCUUGUUGAACCUCAUGUGCAGGUAUGUGAGCUCCACUGCCAGGAACACCCUAUGAUUGAACAUACAAUCAGCGAGAACCGGGUUCCAGAGCCUAGCUGA